AUGUUUCACGGCGCUGACAAGGCAGUUGAGGCGCUGCUUCGUGGCCAAUAAAGCGCCAAUCUCUUGAAGACGGUGCUCGAACACCGGAGGACAAGCUCAGUUUCAAUCGAGCCUCUCUUCGAUACCCUUCUUGAUUCCUUCUCCUUUGCUAUCUCUCUUUUUGCAUCUUCUAACACUCAACCACACCGUGACUCUUCUCAGUGCAAGGCAACCCCCGGGACGGCCCGAAAAUCUUCCAAGAACAACAGCAAUGAAGAAGAAUGUUUAGAGCAAUACAGCCAUGAUUCACCAACUCCGCUUCUAAACGACGGUUUUAGUUGGAGGAAGUACGGACAAAAGAAAAUCAAAGCCUCUUCCCACCAAAGGUGUUACUACCGUUGCGCCUAUGCCAAAGACCGAAACUGCAACGCUAAGAAGCGGGAGCAACAGAUCCAAGACAGUCCUUCCGUUUAUAGAACAACUUAUGUUGGAAAACACAUCUGUGACGUUAAUGUUUUUUCGGAGCCUGAUGACGAUAUUGCAAACGGUUCCAAGAUGAUUCGGUUCGACAAAAUGGACCAAGCCAUGCCUGACUCGGUUAUGCCUCGACUCGCUCCAGUAGAACAGCAAGCAAUUACAAUCGAAGAAGACACGGACCAAAUCAUGAACCUAGAAUUUGACAUUAACGAGUUUUUGGUGGAUGAUGACCAGUUAUGGGAGUAUCAGUUUCCUUCGUUUUCUCCUGGAUUUUUGGACGAUCUUUCUGAGUUUGAUCACAAUCCUUUCCUCGUUUGA